UCACAAAACGUCGCUCGGGCAAUUUUUUUUUCGGUGCUGUGAAAUAUUCGACAGGAAAAAAACUCCCAAGGAGCCAUCAGUGUCGAGUAGUGAAGAAAAAUUUUACUGCAAGGUUUUUUCCACAACGAUGGAGUGAAUUCCCGUGAAAUUCGUCGAAAAAUAGUGCGAUUCGGCAGCGGAUUAAGUGCUUUCGCGGGUGGAGGGAGCAACAGCAUCAGCGAAUCGAUAGGUGAAAAUGAUCAUCGUCAUCGUCGCUAAAUUAAUAGUGAAGAUUGUUUUGUGAAGUAACAAUUUGGUGAUUGUGAAAGGAAAAUACGCUGCAGAGUGUGGAAAAAUUUUCAUGACGUAGUUUUGUCCCGAUAAAAAUCACUAAAAUGGUUUUCCUCGAAGCUGGAGUUGGCUAAUGAGAGUGACAGCAAAAUCGGGAAAUCCGAAUGGAAGAUCGUCGAGAAGGGUGGUGAAUAAUGUCAGAAAAAUUGUGUUUCCAAGCCAAAAGUGUUUCGAAUACCCCGAGUGGGAAUCAUUUUUUGACGAAAAAUAUCGAUUAGACCGAUGAGCAUCCAUCGGGAGUGGCGAAACAAAGUUGAAAAUCGUAUUUUACAAAUCUGAUGCGUUUCGGUUGGCGACGAAAAUCAAGAAAAAAGUAUUGGAAAAUUUCAGUGCUGAGGUACCUUUACUCACCGAGCGUGAGUGUCUACUUUGAAGCGACAGAUUGCGCUAGCGUGCAGCGUUUUGGUGUUUAUCUUGACUUAAUACAUAAACUGGAUUAUAACAACAGGUGGCAUCUGGUGGAGAGCGCAGGAACUGCACCCGUAAUGAUUAUCAGCGUUACGGCUGGUUUAUGAGCAAUGAUCAAAAUGUAUGAUAGGUCCAGGAAUACAAGGAUUUGCAUAGAUGUCACGCAUCAUCAACACCCCACUACGACAAGCAGCUACGACAGGAGUUUUGAGUUUCGCGGAGAUACAUAAAUCGAUUGAUUGUCGUCGUCGUCAUCGUCGAAGCUGGGGGAAGGAACGGGGAAUUAAAAACAUUGUCCAAUGUAACUACACUUAUCCACAUACAAUUAACAAUAUUUAAACACAAACAUUAUCCGUACAUACAUCAAGCAAGACAUACUACAUAAAGCUACCGAAUAACAAGUCGCCCUCACUAGUGAGUGCUCCACAAUUGAGGGACCGUUUUACAGGACGUGUCCCUAAAAAACUCUACUCUCGGAGACCUGUAGCAGAAGGUCCCCAACAAACCACCAACAACCUAUUUCUACUGUUCGAUCGUUCCAACUGCACCCUGCACGGUGGCAAACGACAACGACUGCUCGUCGUUGGCUAAGUAUGUCGCAGAAGGGCCAGAAACGAUCGAAUCGUGCCGAAAAUGAUGGACCACCACCAACCAAGAAGCGCAAGGGUGGCCGCCCCGCGGUCUCGUCAAUGGAGGAGGACAACUCACUCACGUCGAACACCGGUGGUCCGACGACGCCGACCAAGAACUGGCAACCGCGGGCGGUUAUCGACAUCAAAAUGUCCAGUAUUUACAACCGUACUGCACCGGAAGCACCGGCUGAACUGUUUAGAAAAGAUCUUAUCAGUGCCAUGAAGCUGCCUGACUCGGAACCACUUGCCGCCGAUGAGUACUGGGUCAUCAAUGAUCAGUGGAAGCAGGAAUGGGAACGUGGUGUGCAAGUCCCAGUAAAUCCGGACUCGUUACCCGAACCCUCCGUAUCUAUCAUCCAAGAGAACUUCUACAAGAAACGACAGGACUUCAAACUUCCCAAAAAGAAGUACAUACGGAUCACCAAGGAUGAAUCAUUUUCCCACGAUCAACAUUACUUAUCGAACACGCCAGCUAUCUCGGAGCAGGUGUGUUACUACGACCUCGACCAGUGCGACCAGGCCUGGUUGAAGGUCUUCAACGGAGAACGGAAUCUAACCGGACUGGUGCCAGUGACUGAUGAGCAAUUCGAAAGGGUCGUUGAAGAACUUGAAGUUCGAUGUUGGGAUAAAAUCCAGGCAAUCAUGAAAAGCGAAGAAGGUCUUGGCAUCGAGUACGAUGAAAACGUUAUCUGCGACGUGUGCCGUUCGCCGGACUCGGAGGAAGCUAACGAGAUGGUGUUCUGUGAUAAUUGCAAUAUUUGCGUACAUCAGGCCUGCUACGGUAUAACGAAUAUCCCCUCUGGCCAGUGGAUGUGUCGGACGUGUUCCAUGGGCCAGAAGCCGGACUGUGUACUAUGUCCGAAUAAGGGUGGCGCCAUGAAGUCGACUCGAUCCGGGCAAAAGUGGGCCCAUGUGUCCUGUGCUCUGUGGAUACCGGAGGUUAGCAUUGGUUCCGUGGACCGGAUGGAACCUAUUACGAAAAUUUCCAGCAUCCCGGCGAGUCGGUGGGCCCUGAUAUGCGUUCUCUGUCGAGAACGUGUGGGAGCAUGCAUCCAGUGUUCGGUGAAGACUUGCAAGACGGCGUAUCACGUAACGUGCGCCUUCCAGCACGGUCUAGAGAUGCGUGCUAUCAUCGAGGACGAGAACGCAGAGGACGGCGUGAAGUUACGAUCGUACUGUCAGAAGCACGGUGUGCACAAAGGUAAACGCGAUAAUAAAAAUUCCAACAAUAACGCGGGUUCCGGUAGCGAGGAUGAGUCGAGCAGCGUCGGGGAGGUAAAACGUAAGAAGCGUAAGGACAUGACAUCGGAGGAACGAAAUCAGGCUAGGGCUCAACGCAUGCAAGAGAUCGAAGCCGAGUUCGAUAAGCAUGUCAGUGUUAAAGAUAUUAGUUGUCAUUUGUUAGAUGUUGAUCAGGAAGCUAUUCAUUACAUUUAUAACUACUGGAUUCUGAAGCGUAAGUCUGGCCAUAAUCGUCCACUCUUGCCUCCCAAAUCAGACGAUGUAGACAUGGUUGCCCAGAAUAAGGAGCAGGCAGACGAUCUGGAGAAAAUGAAAAUGUUUGUUCACCUACGGCAAGAUCUCGAACGGGUCCGUAACCUGUGCUACAUGGUAAGCAGGCGAGAGAAGUUGUCCAGGUCUUUCUUCCGUAUGCGAGAACAAACGUUUCAUAAACAGAUUGCCGCUCUCAAUCGGGGGCCCAACGACCAGAAACCUUUAGACGAAUCUACGAUCGAUGUUAUCAUGCAAGCCAACCACGGUCCUACGAUAUAUGAUAGACUAUAUUCAAGUGAUUCCGUUAGUAAUAGGGCAGUAAUGAGUUUAGAAGAUAUGUUAGAACGAAUAAAUGGUGUACAUAGUAGUAUCGGUUCUGGAAGCAGCAGUAAGAUAAAUAACCGUAAACAGCAGCAACAGCAAAAUGAGAAAACAAAGGAGGGAAGUGUGGGAACUGGCGGUAAGAAGCCUAUUGAUGUAAAUGGUAUGAAUAAAGGUACUUCUCAACGAUCAGCGGCUAAUAAGCAAGAUAAUCCCUACAAACGGACCUACAUCAACGGUGCAGCACGGCGCAGUGUUAGUGAUAUAUCUAGUGAAAGUGACAACCAUUCUCGGCGCAAUUUGAGUACUAGUGCAAGUUCGGCCGAGGAGGAAGAUGUCAAGAAGGGUUCACCACCAACGUCGAAGAAGAAGGCACGUCAAACCAAGGCAGCUGACAGGAAACGAAGAAAAGUUAGUUCAUCGGCCGAGAAACCCCGCCCGAAUUCGAUAGAAAGCUCCAGCGAAGAUGAAGCUAAUGAACGGCUCAAGGCACCAGCUAUUGCUGCGUCGGAAGGGCAACCACCCAACAAAGGAAACCAAUCUCGAAAUCAGUCUCUCCGUCAAAUGGAACGUGAGCUGGUUAAUGACAGUAUGCAUUUGUCCGAUUCUAACGACAGUGAUGAAAUUGUUCCAAUAGUAUCUCGAACGGGUCGUCAAACGGUCGGAUCAACUACAUACGCGAACAAUAAAAUGUCCAACAUCUACUCUGACUCGGAUAGCACCGAUAAGGAUAAGACUGAUAACACGGCAAGCGACUCGCAGCAGCAUCCGUUCCGUACCAAAGCAGCAAUGAAAGAAUUCAACCUGGCAGAAGCUGAUCGGCUUAAACAAAAAUCCGUGUCACCAGCCAAGUCGACGAAAACUGCGGCUACGGUGGUAACGCCGAUUACAGCUCACGCAUCCGUGGCUCCUCCCACAAAGGCUGAAACCAAGAAACUGGUUGAAGAACCAGCUGCUACAAUGGCAACCUGCGGCAGCAGUACAAGCAGUGGUUACGCCUCCUCAAAUAAACCUGUCAAGGAACCCACUACUGCUGGCAGUGGGAGAAAGAAGCAAGAAAAAGAUACUGCCACUAGCAAACAGCAGAGCAAACGAGAAUUCAUGGCUGAUUUUCUUGUUGUGCCUCAACGUGAGGCUGCCAAGAAAGCCUCCGAGAAUUUGAUGAAAACAAACGUUGUUCUACCAGUGCAAUCAACCUCGCAGACCCAACCGGCCAGCGUUAGUCAACCACCAGCAGCAACUAAUAGUAGCAGUAGUAGGAAAGAUAUGAAAGAAGCUCGAGAACCUGCAAUUAUUAGUAGCGGCAGCAGCAGUAGUAGUUCAAGCAGCAGUAGUAGCAGCAGCAGUGGAGGAAGUACUAGUUCUGUGGCAAGCAAUAGCAGUAGCAGCAGCAGCAGUAGUAGUAGUAGCAGUAGCAGCGGUAUCAGCACCGGAAGUGGAACAAAAGAUACUGAAACGAAGCCUCCGGUUAAAGCUGGCAAAGAAAGCAUAUCUGAUGCACCUCAGAAAGCGGCGGCAGCUGCGAAACGAAGCAAUAGCAAAGCUGCGAAACAAACACAACCCCCAGCGGAAAUAACACCCAACCUUCUGCCCGAUAAAGAUCGGCCAGUUGAAAAAGAUAGCAGGCGAGAAAAGUUGCCCGCCAGGGAACGUGCUGUGCCGAAAGAAUCCGAUGAACCCGAAAAGGAUAAAGAUUCUGCUGAAAAGCUUCGAGAAAGCUCAAAAGAAGCGUCACUGUUGGAAAUGUUGGCGUAUGUGCCGCAGCGGCAAGCAGCAAAAAAGGCCGCCGAGCAUAUCAAAAGCGGCAUGGGCAAACCAGCCGAAGGGAAUGCCACCCAACCGCAAGUUGCACCACCUGUUACCGCAGAAGAACGUCCAACCAAAGCGGCAACCAAAGCACCCGUAUCGACAAUGGCAAGUCGGAAGGAAGAAAAGAAAUUGGCCACUCCUUCCAGCAGCUCCAGUUCGGAGACCAGUUCGUCUUCGUGUUCGAGUUCGAGCAGCUCAGGUUCGGAUAGCGAUGAAGAGGAGGAAGAACCAGGCAGCAAAAAGACAUCGGCAGCCGCAGUGCCAACCAAGGCCGCUGCAAAAGGUGCGCCGGCGUCUCUGGCAGGAAAAACCAGUGCAGCCGCAAAGAAGACAGAUCGGCAGAUGCCCUUUCUUGACAAGAGUAAAUCUUCCGAGUCUGGUUCCAGUUCUUCCUCGUCUGAUAGCGACUCCGACUCCAGUAGCAGUCAAAGUGAUGACUCGACGCGAUUACAAGCAAAAGACAGCCGAAGAAAAUCAGUAUCAACAAAGCGAGAAGCUAGUCCUAAGAAACAAGUCGGUCGAAAGGAACUCGAGUCCGGAAAGAAAGGCGCACCUGCUGUCAUCGUUCCUGCAGGAGCAACGACGACACCAACAAGCAAGUCGGCCGCAACCACACGUGCAAAUGAUAAGGCUUCAGCAGCCACUAAAAGAGAACAAUCACCAUCAUCACUUGCGACCAAAUCUGCAGCUUCCGCAACAGCCAAACAACAGCAGAGCAAGGCCGUACCCGUACCAGUCGAACCUCAGUCGUCAAAUAGCAGCAGUUCUACGACCACAAAGUCUACCAUACCCGCAAAGGAUAAAGUGUCUAACGAUCGCUCCCGAGCUUCUGACCUGCUCAAAUCGGGAGAUCAUCCUAAGGGUACCGCUGGUGGCAAAAUGAUCCCAAACCGGCGGAACUCCUGUCUCAUCACGCCGAACGAGAUCAAGCCACCACCACCAGCAGUAGAAGCAAGCGGCAGCAAACUGGCGACCAUCCGUGGUCGAAGAAAAUCUGUUUUCGUAGACUUCGAGUGGGAAAAGAAAGAAAAAGAAAGACUGGCAGCUGAGGCCGAAAAGAUGGUCAAAGAGGCACAGCAGAAGAGGAAGGCGGAGAAAGCUGCGGCUGAAAAGGCAGCAGAAGAGAAGCGGUUAGCAGCAGCGAAAGCAGCAGAAGAGAAACGCCUAGCUAUUGAAAAAGCAGCAGAACAGAAAAGAUUAGCGGCAGAGGAAAAACGAUUGGCAGAAGAGAAGCGUCUGGCAGCCGCGAAAGCAGCAGAAGAAAAGCGAUUGGCCGAAGAGCGGCGGUUAGCCGAAGAAAAGCGAUUGGCAGAAGAGAGGCGGUUAGCCGAAGAAAAGCGAUUGGCUGAAGAGAGACGGUUAGCCGAAGAAAAACGUCUGGCAGAGGAGGAGAAGCGGUUAGCCGAGGAAAAGCGUUUGGCCGAAGAAAAACGAUUAGCCGAGGAAAAGCGGUUGGCCGAGGAAAAACGUUUGGCAGAGGAAAAACGGUUGGCCGAAGAAAAGCGAAUAGCUGAAGAAAGGCGGCUGGCGGAAGAAACGAGGUUGGCCGAAGAAAGGCGGUUAGCUGAAGAAAGGCGGUUAGCUGAAGAGAGGCGGUUAGCUGAAGAGAGGCGACUGGCUGAAGAGAGGCGGUUGGCUGAAGAAAAGCGAUUGGCUGAAGAAAGACGCUUAGCUGAAGAAGAAAGGCGGUUAGCAGAAGAAAAGCGAUUGGCGGAGGAAAUUCGAUUGGCAGAGGAAAAACGAAUUGCAUCCAUAAAGGCGGCCGAAGAGAAACGAUUAGCUGCCGAAAGGGCUAUGGAAGAAAAGCGGUUAGCAGCUGAGAAGGUAGCAGAAGAGAAGCGAUUGGCCGCAGCACGGAAAGUCGCCGAAAUAGAAGCCGAAGAGAGGAGGAUAGUUGCCGAGAAGGCUGCGCUUAUUGAAAGGGUAAUGUCGGAGGAACUUAAGGUUGGUGGAAGGCAUAGAUCUAGUCGGAAAGAAGCCCAAGCGGCGGCAUUAGUCGAAUCUGAUAAACGAAGACGGGACAGAAGUGGGAGUCAGGGUAGGCCUGCUUCAAGUAUUGCUGCUCGUAAGGAGAAGGAAGAUAUAAUACUCAUAGAUGAUUCGUCGUCCCGAAGCAGUAGUGACAAGAAGGAGGCUGACUCUAGUAGAAUAGAUGAAAGGUAUGCUGCAUCAGUAGAAGUUGCAUCUAUUAGAGAUGGGAAAAGCGAUAAAUACUCAAAGAGUUCUAUUAUUAGUGAUGCAAAUGAAUUUGUUCCAAAAGAAGAUGCUUUAUCUAGUAGAAAUGAUAUUAUCGAACCAGUCGGAAAAACCAAAACUGAAAAGAAACUGGCGAAACUGAAGCAAGAAGAGCAUCAACAGAUAGAAAAAGCGAAGCAGAAGUCUAAGGAUCGGCUGGCCGAUGAUAAAAAAGACAUCGAGAUUAUUUCGCUGGUUGAUGACUCGCGAUCCAACGAUGGCCGAGAUGUGGUUAUUGUGGAAGAUGGUUCAAAUGACACUCCCAAGGUCGAAAAGACCGAAGAUGUAAUUAAGAAGGUUAAGAAUGCUUUGGUUGAACCGUCGUUAAUAUCCUCAGAUGUUCAUGCGAUUCCAGUAAACAUGGCCGAAUCCGUCGACGACAAAAAACAGUUUGAACUUGAAUCUUUGGCGAUGGCCGUCGUACCGCAGAAGACAACUGCUGUUCCGACUACGAGUGCAUCGUUCCAACAACCUUCCAACAUGGAAAACAUUCCAACAACCGCCAACAGUAUGAGCAACGUUAUGAACAAUUUCAAUAAUAGUAGUAGUAGUAGUAAUACCAAUAGCAAUAAUUCAGCGGCUAACAAAGAUGCUGGAUUGAACACAACCGGAGGAGGUUUGUGUGCGUCGAUAUUCGACUUGCUGUCGUUGCCACAGGAGGGAGAAUCGGUGACAGACGACACGUUCGGUUUGAAUCCGCCUUUGAACUUCCCAUUCAUGGAGGAUUGUAAGGAAGAUACUCAGCGAGAAACGUUGAAUUUGGUGGAGAAGUUGCGACAGAAGUACAAGAAAGGAUCGAGCAGUGGACAGGAGGGCAAACAUGAUGAUAUCAAAGAUACACGUUCUGAUAUCAUCUCCCUGGACGAUGAUGCCAAACUGUUCGAGACAGGCAACCAACACGCUGGACUCGACUUCAACACAACCGGUAAGGACAUUCCUGCCAUUGCCCAAGCGCUUGAAAAGAGUAAAUCGUUGUCUAACAAUGACAUGGAGUACUUCAACAAGUUCAACACUAGCGACGAUGUGGAGAGUUCGUUGCAUCACAAUAAGAAGAAUCUUAAGGACGAUCAUCUGGAUCAUCUCACAAGCAGACCGUCCGACGAAAGGUGGGUACCACCUUCAAUGUUGCAAGAUCACAACCAACAGCAGCAACCGGCGUCCACUACUAUGAAUGAUAAUCGCUCAAUGUUACAUCAGCAGCAGCAACAGCCACCUCCGAGUUGCAUGGAAGCGGCGGCGGCUUUGCUCAACAAUCAAUCUUCUACCGGAAAUCCGAAGCAACCAUCACACCUAGGUUCACAAAUUUCCGGUCUCUUCGAUGCUAUGGUGCAACAGCAGUCUAAUCAUCACCAGCACUCGCAUCUAGACGACAUAAAUCAGCUACAAGGGCUUGAUUUCAUGCAGACUAUCAAAAGUGUUGCGAAUCAAAACGAAGCUACCUCACUACUAUUCGAGAAUCUUCAGCAACAAGCCCAGCAGCAGCAGCAUCCGCAGCGUCGAUGGAAUGACAUGGUGCCGAAUCAGAAAAAGCAUGAAUGUUCCGUUAUGCAGGAAAAAGAGAAUAUGCUUCUCAAACAACAACAGCAGCAGCAUCACGAUUUAAAUGCUAACAAUCAUCGAAAUAAGCUCAACGAUCUCAACAAUUUCAUGGACAUACAGAAUCAACUCUCACAAGCUCAACCUCAACAACAACAGCAACAACAACCACCAAACAAUGCCAUCAAUCCGUUGGAGCAGUUCAACUUUAACGAAACCUCACAGUAUCCCGGUGCGGUGGCGCUGUUUCCUCCGGCCAAUGUACAAGUUCCUUUUCCGUCUCCCGGGACGGCCAUGUUCCCACCAAACUAUGCUUCCAACUUCCAAUCCGGGAAACAACAGCAACAACCUCAUCAUCCUAUGUUGCCAACGGCGGCUGCUGGCGGCCAACCACAACAGCAGCAACAACAACAGUCCCAAAACGCUCCUCAACAGACCCAACAAUCGCAAUCAGUGCUUGGUGGUGGUGGAAAACCAGAUGAAAUGGUUGUUCCGAACAGUUUAUGUGGCGCCACCUUCACCUCAACUUCGCACAAUAUCGCACUAACGGAGGCAAUCGUAUCGCCACCAACGCCUCAGCAGAAACAACCCAUGACGCCCCAGAUGGCAGCAGCGUCUCCACUGGCGAACAUGGUUUCCCCUGCCAACCAACAGCAGCCAACUCCCGAGCACAAUUUCAUGAUGAACCAUUCGCCUGGCAUGAUGGGACCACAUACACCGCAGAUGCAACAACAACGAACGCCUCAACAAGAGAGCGCCGGUAUUCUGCAAUCUUUGGACCAAAACAGUGCUUCUAAAAAAUCUCCAACCAAAUCAUCUCGUUCUUCCUCGCGGUUACAGCAGAAUCAAAGUCACGAAGCAUCGGCGAUAGGCCAUAUGAAGUCACCGGCCAACAUUAGUCCUGGAAAAAGCCCAAAAACUCUCGAUUCGAAGCAUCAGCAGCAGCAGCAUAGCCAACAAUCACAACCGACUUCGGUAGUAAGUGGAAAGGGUACUGGUAAGAAUGAAGGUGGUGCUAAACGUGGCCCUCGCGGACCUAGAACAAACAGUCAAAGUCAACGAGGUGGUGCAGCCAGUAAAGGCAAAAAUGGUCGGCAGUCCAGAGGCGGUCGACAGCAAAUCAGCUUUAUCCCACAGCUGCCCCAUAAUGAUUACGACUUCAUGGGAGGUACGAUCCACAACAAGCUUAUUGGUACUGUCUACGAUCCGGACUUUGAUGACGAUCUCACUGGCAAUAGCAUGGAGAAGUUGCGGGAUAUGCGCGACAGGCGACGUUCGAUUGAUUGCCGCAUGCCGGAUUCUUUCCGGACAUCUCGUGAACCAUCUAAAUCGCCCAAAUUCCCAAGUCUGAAUCUGUAUUCAUCGCAGAAUAAUGCUCUUGCUGGUACAAAACAGAGCAGAUCUUCUUACACGCCAACUUCCUUGCAGUCAAGUUUAGGUUCUGGAAUGGUCACUGGAACAGACAUCAGUGUGUCACAGCCAAGUGUCUCUACGAGAUUGCAAGAUAUGGUGCAAACCGUACUACCCGGACCAGUCGAUAUGCGAACGUACAACAGUGGUUUCGACUCAUCCGCUAAUACAGACGCGUUCAACAAUCAUUUACUUGGAGCGUUCGCCAGCGGUACGGCUGAUCAAACGUUGGUCGAUAUUGAUGAAGAUAUGGAAAACGAGCUGCAAUCAGCGCUAAAAGCUAGUAACAACAAAGUAGACAAAACACCAGCUUCAUUAUCGGCUGCGUUAUCAGCGGUAUCGACGGAUUCUUCAAGCACGACGACAACCCUAACUAACUCGGCUGCAUCCGCUGCGGCAGUGGUAUUGACUGUGGGAUCCACUUUGCUAGAACCAGUUGAACAGCCUCAAGAAGAAACAAACGAUUCAGACAGCAUCAUAACCAAAGUGUCACUAUUCGACUCCAGGAGCAUCAUGAAGUUGAAGAUCAAGGGACCGCUAGCACAACUAGAUAAUAGUUCAUCGUCAUCUACGGCUACGCUUCAGCAGUCCAGCGUGAUGGAUCCUAGUUUGACCGCACCCAUCAUGUCGACGCCGAUGGCCGGUGCUGGUUCAUCCAAUCUAAGACGAAUGCGAAAGAAGGAAUUGCUUCGUCAGUACUGGAAUCAGGACAUGAAUCAUGACGACCAAACCGGUCUGCAAGUGGUAGACCAAAUUCCGACCAUGUCUAUUGCUUCAACCAGGACUGUUGGCAUACCGAAGGCAGUAGACUCUUUGAGUACAAUUCCCACUAAAGACGAUUACAAGGAUUAUGGCGGAGUCGACUUCAAAAAGCGAAAGAAGCUAUCGUCCAAUAUGUCACGAGAACUGCGUGGUAUCGGACCUACGGAACACGAAAUUCUCGAGAGGCGAAGAAGCGUUGGAUCGACGGGAAGCAACGGUUCGAAUAGUAAUCUGGCGGCGGACGUUUCACCGGUAGUGAAACGAAGAUCCAGGCCCAACCGAACAACUACAGUCACAGCUGUAAAUCAGCCGCAGGCGGCUCCAAAACUCAAAAUCAAAUUCGGUUCGGACGUGGUGGAAGCUUCAGGAUCAAAUAACGAUCGCCGACGUCCGCCCAAAAAGAGACUGGCAAUCGCGAUAGCCAUGCCCACUUUAGAAGAUCUCCGGCGUGACGCUAUGAUGUUUGCUGAGCAAAUGAGGUUCGACGACGAAGAGGGUCGAAAGUCCAAGAAGCACAAAAACAAAGACAAAGAGCGUGAUCGAGAGCACAAAAAGCGCAAAAAGGAAAAGAAGCACAAGAAGGAAAAGGGCGAAAAAGUGGAGAAAGUGGAAAUAAUAAAUAAGUCGGACGAUGCCACACGGAUUGUGAUAAGGCUUGGGAAGAAACCGCAAGUGCCAGAUGAAGUGAUGAAUGCUCCUUUGCUAGGGCAUGGACUCAACUCUCCGGAGGUGGAUCCGCUAGCGUUAGAUCAUAUGGAGCUUGAUAACUCCAACGAUAACAGCAAUAGCAGCGGUGGAAGCAGCAAACCACCACCAAUCACCCCAAUCCGGUUGAAAAUCGCUCGCAAUUCUGCCGGCGGAGGAUACGUAAUGUCUUCGAAGAACAAGGACAACGUUAAGGCAAUGCAUUCGUCGGUUGUACCAACAUGCGAGGAAACAAAAACCCUCAACAUCGUCCUUCCGAAGUUGGACCUUCCACUGAACAAAGAAAUGAUCGACUUAACGGCUGUCCCAAGUGCGGACAAACCGAAUUCAGACACAAUCUCCACCCCUCCCGAAGAUCAACCCUUGCUCGGAUCGGUUGCUUCCGUUGAUCCCACACCAUCCGAGGCGGCUGCCAGUCUUUGCAAGGAGAGUCAUCCUACGUCCGAUCUAGGUUCAAUGGCUCCGUCAUAUUCCUCUUCCACAUCCACAACUGCCACGUCUUUCAACAGUCUUGCUAGUAAGAGUGCAGCCGGGGGUGCGUUCAAUGCAUUCGGGUCGUCAACCCUGGAAGCGCGACCACAGACAAAACCAUCAGAACAGCCGCAGCAAGAACAGCAAGCGCAACAACCGCAUAGCGAACUCAAUGCCGCCGGUGGAAAGGACUGUGAAGUCAGAUGACGUUUUGUGUAAAUAGUCGUGUAAAUGUUUCAUUGUUGUGCGCGUCAUCAGUCACCACCAGUCGAAGAAUUGUGCAUAUUGUUUUUUUUUUGUUUGUCUUCAAAGCUUCCUGUUGGUACUAUACAUAUAUAUAUAUUUUUGAGAAUAUUUUGUUUUACCGUAUUAAUCGUGUGUAGGGUCUUCAAAAGAGACGUCCUGGCGACAAAUGGCUUAACAGAUAUUGUGAGAACAAGGGAAAUAUUUUCCCGCUCACUUUAAAGUGUAUUUUCAUAGCUUUUCGAACACUCAACUACUUCCUGUUUUCUGUGAGAGUGAGAGGUGAUCAUGGUACAUAAAGUUUAUUCUGUUUAGAAGUUUAUUAUUUUUAUAGAUUAUAAAAGAAACCAUUUGUUCAAAUGCAAAUAUACAACUUACCCGUUAAGAACUACAGCUAAGUUAUACACUCAUUCUUUUCUACCGAUACUACGUUGGAUAAGUUCAUGUUUUCGGACACUUUAAGAUCAAAAGUAUGCUUUCGGUUUCAUAUAGGAUCACAGAUUAUAAAACGAGCCCAACCAUAAAAUUCUACGAGUGCCGAAACAACCGAGAUUAAUAGAGCGGAGUGCAUAAUAGUUGAGUUACAGGUAGAACGAAUUGUGUAUGUUUAUCCUGUUGCUUUGGGUUUGUCAAACUGUGGGUAAUAUUUGCUUUUAAUUUCUUUACAACAACGGACUCAUACUUUUUUGUUCAUUUGAUGUUGUGACUUGGAUCUAUCUGGUAUUCGAUACUGGUUCUUUCAGUAGAAGGAAAUAGUUCAAAAGGUCAGGAACCAACAAUUUUUUUGAUAUUUUGAAUUUUUAAAUUUUUAAAUAAUUUGCAUGGAACGGAAAAUUUUGAAAAACAUUUGGUAUAAGACCGUUUGGCAUAAUGAGUUAAAUGUUUAAGGGCUAUUUGGCAUAAUGUAUUGGGCAUUUAAGGCCAUUUGGCAUAAUCGUUAGAAAGAUGCGUCAAAUACAGUGGGCCAUUUGACACAGCGACUAUUUGAUAUAAUGUCCACAACAAAAAACAUAUGCCUGUGAAUAUGAUUCCAUCUUUAGAAUAUGUAUUUUCGUGGUAUAAAUCAAAGGAGAAGAUGUCCCCUUCUUUAAAAGUAUUCAUUUGCCCGUAACAAGGCAAAUAAUGAAUCCUUCUAAAGUACACAUUUAGCUAGAAUAAGGCAGAAGAGUAAAUCAUACCUUCUCCAAAAGUACGCUUUUGCCCGGAAUUAAGCUAAAGAAUAGAUGACCCCUUCUUCAAAAGUACGCAUUUGCCCGGAAUAAUGCAGAGAAGUAGAUUACAUCUUCUUUAAAAGUACGCAUUUGCUGGGAAUAAGGCAGAGGAGUAGAUGACCCGUUCUUCAAAAGUACGUAUUUUCCAGGAAUAAGAUAAAGGAGUAGAUGAUUCCUUCUUUAAAUGUAUUCAUUUGUCCGGAAUUAAGCGAAGAAUAUAUGAUUCCUUUUUUUGAAGCGGGCCUUUGACCGCAAUAAGGUACCGGUGUAAAUGAUGUUUUUUUUAAAAAUAAGUUUUUUCCUGGAAAAAGGCAGAAGAGUAAAUGACAUCUUCUUCAAAAAUAUGCAUUUGUCCAAAAUAAGUAAAAGCGUAUAUUAUUCCUUUUCUACAAGUACGUGUGCUUUUAAUAAUACUAAUAAACGAAUUAUUCCAUCUUUUAAGGCUCAAGGAAAGUUGGGCAAAGAUAACAGCUUUCUGAAUGAACCCGCGGUGUGUCGUCUGUCUCUUUCCGUCCAUUUGGAAAGUUGUGAUUGUGUUAGUGCAACACCGGGCAAUAUCACAAACACUCAUUCAAAAAAUACUGAUUUAUGUAGUGGCAUGUUUCCAACCUUCAUUCCCCCUUAAAGCACACAUUUUUCCCGUAUAAAGGGAAAGAUUGAAUAAACUCAUUCUUCAAUCGCGCGCAUUUGCAUGGCUUAACAUGGCAAAACAUGACUAACAAAAACACGCAUUUGUCAGAAAUAAUUCUUCAUUUAAAUCAAAAAUUUGCCGAAAUUUAGGCGAAAGAGUAAGUUACUCCUUAAAACCACGCAUGUGCCCAGAAUAGGACGAAAACAGAAAUUACUCUUGUGAAGCACGUGGAGAUUUUAUAAUUCAUUUAAUUUUUAUGCGUUAUGCCAAAUGGCUCCUGGCUGCUCAGCUCGUUAAUGCCAAAUGGCAUUAUGCCGAAAUAUAGCCUUAUACAAAAUUUGAGCUCAAUCGGUCAUGCUUUAUAUAAGACCCAUGAUUAAAGUAGGUAUUUAGGUAACCAGAUAAAUUUCCUGCCAGCACGCACGAAACAAGAACAACAUGGAGUUGCCCUUUUUGAAUAUAUUUAGAAACCGCGCUGAAGGAAAACUUAUUCGUCUUGAAAGGUUUAUUUUAUUAACUCUGAAAGAUUUUUUUUUGUUUUAUGAAAUGAGGCAACCUGUACCUACUUGAAGUCAUUUCAACUAACCCGAGAUUUUUUGUCUUCAAAAAAAAAACUACUUUAACCUAUUUCAAGUUGCUUUUCUCACGCACUUGAGACAAAUCGGAUAUUUGGGUAAAAUUUCACUGAUUUAGCAGCAGUAGAACUGAACAGUAAGUAAUUUAACGCAUAUUCGUUGAUUUAGAGCAAUGAUCUGUUAGACAAAGUUUUGGUAUCCGUUACGUGUUAUGGGAUCCAAAGUGUUAGGUGUUAAUAAAAAUCUAGAAUUGUAAAUAACUUUUGAAAAAGGUUAUUGGGAAAUUAGUCCCAUGAAAUUCGAAUUAUCGAAAAAUAAGGAUUCGGUUUUGCUUAUGCUACAAUCGUUGGCAACAUUAAUUAGCUUUGUCAGUGAGCGAAACAUGAAGAUAGAACCUCAGAUCAUUUUUUUUACUGGAAAACGGCGGACAUUUUUUUUGUCUUGUUUUUAAUGUUAAACAGGGAGGCUUUUUAUUUUGAUUAAUUUUGAUUUCUAUCAAUAUGAUGAUAGAUUCUUGAACUACUUACAAAUAUGCUAAAUUUUGUUUUGUUUCUUUCAUUACCAUGCGUAUGUUUAAUCUAGAAGGAAAAAUUUCGAUAAUGUGAAACAGAAGAAAUAUGCUCCAAUGGAGCUUGAAGUAUGAAAUGCGCGACAGAAAUCCUUUUGUUGUGUUUUGCACAGGACAAAGAGUAUGAUUUUUUGAUUAUUUAAGUCAUCAAUAUUGUUCGAUAUCCGCUCUGAUUAAAAUCGACAAGCCAAGCACAAGUUCUAACAAAGUACGUAGAUCCAUAGUAGGGUCUCUUUUUUCUUUUUUGCCAAUAAGUUUGUACAGCGAAGGUUAUAAAGCCAGCCUAACAAGCCUCCCGUUUGGAUUAACGACCUAUGUAAAAAGUUAAGCUUUGCUUGUGUGAUGAUCGACUAGACUAGUAUAGAUAUCGGAUCGAGCAAUUUGUGUUUAAGAAAAUCGAAUUAAUUAACUUCUGUCCUGCUUGAAACACAAUAGAAUGAUUACUGAUCCUGGAUUUCAUCCACCAUUUCAUACAACUACGUACUAUGUGAAGUUGAGUUAUGUAAAGGUCGAAGGGCUGGAUUUUAAAAUAGUCCGAAAACAUGAAAUUGUCUGGUGCACAACACCCAAGCUGUAAAUAGUCGAUCAGGCAAGUUUUAAUUGUAGCAUAACUGCAAAAAAUAUUUAAGCCUCAACAAUAGGAGUAGCAAACUUUGAAAGGUUAAUAAAACAAAAAUUAGUUAAACAAAUAACAAUAUACCUUAUAAAAAUUUAAAGAAACAAAAAAAAAAGAAAAAAAAUCAAAAAUGAACAUAAAAACAGGAAUGCAAAACAAAAAAAAACACAUUGACAACAAUAAAUAAAAAGCCGUUUCAUUUUUUUUACACAACAACCAAGCAGAACAAUCUUGUUUAAAACUUGUUGAAAACUUGAGGGACGUCAUGUCCAAAACUACCCAAGGAAAGUGCAUCAAAUAUAUAGGUGAAAGGAAAGUAGUAUAGCAAAAAAAGAACAAAAACUAGAAUUGAACGAUAAAUAGGAACAAAUGUAAAAAAAGCAAAAAACAGAUAAAGAAAAAAUGUGUAUGAAUAACCAAUCGAUCUCGAAUGAAGACGUUGCCGUUUAACUAAUGAUACGCGGGUGUUUGUAAAAGUGUGUGUUUGCAAUGUAUGCAUGAGUAGUGGUGCUCCAGUUGAGCGUGUUAUGUAAGUAUAGGUGUGAAAAACAACAACAAAAGAAACACAAAAAACAAUGAGAUUGUACUUGACUUCCUCCCAUCACACAUGCACUGUAAAUAGUUUCCACAAAAAAAAGUAAUACUUAAGAGGGCGCUAGUAGCGAAUCCGACCUCCGGUGUACCGCCCCUCCCCCUCACCACCCCUCUCCACUUCUGCAGACUAAGGUUGGGAAUCCACUGUGUAAAUAUACCAUCGAUUAAAAGAGGGUGUAAAGCUGCUAUAGUUUGUAAGGAACUUGUUUUUAUAUACAUGUGAAACAGAAGAUACGCGAGGCGGGAAUUCAUUCAUCAGUUGAAUGUUUGAAUGAUGUGUACAGUUUAGUAGCGAAAGGAAUGAGAAGAGAUAGGGGUGUACAAAUUACCCGAAAACAGUAGCUAAAAUGAAUUAUGAGAAGGAAUCCUCUUGUAAUACAAUUAUAUGGAGUAUACAUAAAAAAUUGUGACAAUGAAGCUAGCGAAUGGAAGUAGAUACUUUUAGUUGCUAUUAGUAUUAAUUUUUGUGUCGUACCGAUUACUAUUUUUCGUGUCCAAUAAGCUAUUUAAUUUAUUUAUGAAAAAUCCCCUCCUUUGCAUAUAGGGUUAGGUAUGUAAACACUGGAAACAGCUAUGUAAUUGAUAGUUGUGGUUUGGAAAGAACCACUUAAGCAAAGGUUCUCCUUUCAAAAAAAGGAGAAACCACCAAGUUGACUAUUUUAAAGAGUACAGCGACGACAAAAUGAAUCGUAACUAUAUAUGUAUUAUAUAACUCUAAAUAACAGGAACACGUUUAGAUGAUAAUGAUGUCGCAAGGCAUGUUGAUGAAACAGUAGAUGAAUUAAGAAAUACCACGAUUUAAAACAAAAGAUAACAUUAUCUUCGAGCACGCCGCAAAUGGCACAGAAGAGAAAACACAAGUAAUAUAAAUAAUGAUGAAAGGUAAUUUGUGAAUAUGAGUAAAAAUUCUCUCUUAGUUUCUUAGAACACGUAAAUGUCAGAUAUCAUGUAAACAGAACAUUAUUAUUAAAAACCUGGAGAAUUCAACAUAGAGCGAACAGAGCGAGAGAAAAAUCCAUUAAGAAAAAACGCAAUAUAUUUUUAUUUUUAUUUUAUAUUUAAUUUCAUUUAAAUCUCUGUAAAUUAUGGAAAAUUUACGACAAAAAUCAAUAUAAAUAAAUUAUUCUUAAAAAUACAUAAUUGAAAAUAAUAAUUAAACCAU